AUGAAAGGUCUAGAUGUUUUCUGUCCAGAUAUCUUGAAUCAGUGCUUCGGAUAUUUGGAUACUGAAACACUCCUUAGUAUUGUUAAGUGUCAGGAUAUGUCAUACGAUAUCAUAGAUGCUGUUUUACCACAUUUGAACAAUAUAUGGUUUUCCAACAAUGGAUGGGGCUUGAAGUACGGCCAAUAUCACGUAUAUGACUUUGAUGAGUUUUUUGAAAUACAUCAAAAGAUACAAGAGAAAGGAAGGGUAAUUCCCCUACGUUUUUCGUACUUUUAUGUGUCUUUAGACAGUAUGUACAUUGCACUUGACCAGAUUAACCGGAUUUAUAACAAUCAGCCUGAGUUGGAGUUAAAUUUUACUACUCUUAGCCUUGAUAGUCAAUGUCUCGCAGCAUUAAUGAAUGAUUCAAUCAGAACAAAAGUCACCCAUUUGUCCUUCAAAUGUUUCUAUUCUGGUACGAUCAACUUGGGGAACUUCAUCAACUUGAGGCAAUUUCGAGGUGAGUCUAUCACCGUGGCUAUCAAUCAUGACCAUUCUAGCUUGAAGAGGCUCGACUUAGAGAUGGGAUGCUGUAUUUUGGCGUUUCCUGUGGGAUUGACCGAGUUAUUCAUAAAGAAAUAUACUAGGGUUGCCUUCGAUGCCCCUCAGCCUCCACUUUCAAAAUUGAGGAAACUUGCCAUUGAUGGUCAUUUGGCCGGCAUGAACGGUAGAGAAGUUCGUAAGCUAUUCUGUAACAAGUUUUUGGAGCAAUUUUCAAUUACGGGGUCUCCUCAAAGUAAUUAUGAAGAUUCGUAUCCGUCAAUGCUGGCAUUGAAACACUUGGGAUUCAAAGGUAACAUCGACGAUUCAUUGCCUCGCUUACUCGAUUCAAUUCAUGCGGUUGAUGGCAAUGUGAUGGCUGAUAUAUCCAUUUUCUCCAAUUUGUCCACGCUUGAAAUUCAUAGUCCCAAAAGUAAGUUGGACUCUUUAAUAUUACCUCGAAGUUUACGCAAGCUUACUAUUAAUUCUGCCUCAAACCCUGGAGUCGAAAGAAUCAAAUUUCCAGAGAAUUUAGUGGAACUACGAUUAAAUGAUUGUGGUAUCAUUAGUAUGAGGGGCAUAAACUUACCUAAUACACUUGUAAAAUUGUCUCUCGAUGAAAAUAAGCUAUCAGAAUUUUACUACUUUCUUCCCAGCUGUCAAUAUUUACUGUUGAGUUCAAACAAGCUACAUACUGUUGAAGUCAAGGCACCCAACCUUGAGUACCUAGAUUUGGGUUCUAAUGAAUUAGUGACCUUGCCUGAUCUUCCUAACACCCUUAGGUGCUUGCAAGUAACUUCGAACGAUCUUAAUUUAGAUGAUUUUAAACCACUUCCACCGAGGCUUCGGCAAUUUAUAUUCCAUUUCGCUGGUGGUGCCACGGGAACUUUAAAGGACUACACAUUCCCUUCAUCAUUAGAAUAUGUUGAUCUAGGGGGAAUACCCAGCAUCUCAGGUGUGAAAUUCGCAAGUGGUUCAAAGCUUAAAGACCUUAACUUGAGUGGUAGCGGAAUGGAUGCUAUUAGUGACAAGAAUAUUAGCCUUCCAGAUGGGAUUAAAAUACUCGAUUUAUUUGGAAACAAUUUGCAGACUCUUGACAAGCUUCGAUUGCCAGAUUCUUUGGAGUACUUGAAUUUGGGCCGCAAUAACUUAAGAUCCUUCGAACCUGGUCUAAAGUUGCAAACUCUUGAACUCGAAUAUAAUCCAAUUUGUUCAAAUUUAGUGGUACCUGACCAUCUGGACCUCAGGUCUGUAGAUCUCAGUAAUGUCGGGCUAAAAAACCAUGACCUUGGGCAGCUUGCAAGAGCUAAAAAGCUUGUAGAAUUAACUCUAGGAGAAGCAGAAAACAUAAUUUUCAAUGAUGUGCCACCAAGCUUACAAGUUCUCAAGUAUUGGGGCCACUUGGAAAAUACUGAUUUUAUUUUGCAACCAAAGAAGGAGGAUGCAUUCAACAUCUAUUGGAAACGAAAGUGA